GAAGCAGCAGCACAUUGAACAGUAAUGGAGGAAGGUGCAAAUUGGGAUCAGCUGCUAGAUCUACCCAGCUCUCUGCCACUUUCUGCCCUGCAGUGAGCUCGCAUUGCCCACACUGGGGCACCCAGUGCUGGCAGGGGCAACAUGGCCCGGGUCCUGCUGCAGCUACUGAGCUGCUUCUUGCUGCUCCAUAUGGAUGGCGGGAGCUGCAGUACGGUGUCUCUGCCAGAAACGUUACUCUUUGUGUCCACGUUGGACGGCAGUCUUCACGCUGUCAGUAAGAGAACGGGCUCAAUCAAGUGGACAUUAAAAGAAGAUCCAGUACUUCAAGUUCCGACGCACGUUGAAGAGCCGGCGUUUCUUCCAGAUCCAAACGAUGGCAGUUUGUACACCUUGGGCAGUAAAAAUAACGAAGGCUUAACGAAACUACCGUUUACCAUUCCUCAGUUGGUGCAGGCCUCUCCAUGCCGCAGUACGGAUGGUGUCUUGUAUAUGGGGAAGAAACAAGAUGUCUGGUACGUCAUCGAUCUGGUAACUGGGGAGAAACAACAGACUCUGACGUCCUCUUUCGCAGAGAGUCUCUGUCCCUCCACAUCCCUCCUGUAUCUUGGACGGACAGAAUAUACAAUCACCAUGUAUGACACGAAAAACAAAGAGCUGCGUUGGAACGCCACCUACUACGAUUAUGCUGCCACUCUGCCCGACGAGGGCACAGAAUACAAAAUGUCUCACUUUGUGUCCAACGGUGACGGUAUGGUGGUUACAGUGGACAGUGACUCUGGAGAUGUUUUGUGGAUACAGAACUACGCCUCCCCUGUGGUAGCCUUGUACAUCUGGCAGAGAGAGGGUCUGAGGAAGGUGAUCCACACAAAUGUGGGUGUUGAAACUCUUCGGUACCUGACCUUUAUGUCUGGGGAAGUAGGACGCAUAACAAAGUGGAAGUAUCCGUUUCCAAAAGAAACCGAGACAAAAAGCAAGUUGAUGCCUACGCUUUAUGUUGGAAAGUACUCUACCAGCCUCUAUGCAUCAUCAUCCUUUGUACAUGAAGGGGUAACUGUUGUGCCAAGGGGCAGAGCAAUCCCACUUCUCGAUGGGCCGACAACAGAGGGAGUCACCAUUGAAGACCAUGGGGAGUGUGAAUUCACACCUAGCACUGAUCUGAAGUUUUCUGCGGGGAUGAAGGGGAAAGACCAUCUAAACUACUGGAGGAACCAAUGGUUAUUAAUAGGGCACCAUGAGAUACCUCUGUCUGCUCCAACGAAGAUCCUGGAUACUUUUCCAGCCACCUUUCCCAGAGGUGAAGACAAUGUUAUUGAAGCCAAUCUGGACAAAUCCCACUUUAAGGAGGAGGUUAUAGAGUUGGCAGUUGAUCCACCUGAAGAGAUCAGGGAUGUUUCCAAUCCAUUUCUUCCCAAGCCGGAAGCUCCCGUAGACUCCAUGCUUAAAGAUAUGGCUACCAUUAUAUUCAGCACAUUUCUGUUGGCUGGAUGGUUGGCGUUUGUUAUCACCUAUCCAAAGACCGUGCAACAGCAGCAGCAACUCCAGCACCAGCAGUUCCAGAAACAGCUGGAUGAGAAGAUUCAGCUCUUGCAGAUGCAGCACGUCACCUUCCAGACACCAGCCGAGGGGACGUCUGAAGGAGAUUAUCUGGAUAUACCUGGCCUGCGUGGUGAAAGCUCAGCCAACAGCACUCCUAAUGUGUCUCCAAGGGCCUCAAACCAUUCAUUACACUCCAACAUGUCCACGUCUGAGAUUGGCAGCAUGGUGUCCACAGAGGUGGAGGAUGAAGAUGAAGAUGGGAGAGUAACCAUUGGAAAGAUUUCCUUUAAUCCUAGAGACGUUCUUGGACAUGGAGCAGAGGGCACCAUAGUUUACAGAGGCCAGUUUGAUAAUCGAGAUGUGGCGGUGAAGAGAAUUCUCCCAGAGUGCUUCAGUUUUGCAGACCGGGAGGUGCAGCUGCUCAGAGAGUCCGAUGAGUAUCCGAACGUAAUCCGCUAUUUCUGCACGGAGAAAGAUCGCCAGUUCCAGUACAUCGCCAUCGAGCUGUGCUCCGCCACUCUGCAAGAGUAUGUGGAAGAGAAGGAUUUUGACCGUCAUGGCUUGGAGCCGAUAGCCCUCCUGGAGCAGACUAUGUCUGGACUUGCAUACUUGCAUUCUCUAAACAUUGUGCACAGAGAUCUAAAGCCUCACAAUAUCCUGAUUUCGAUGCCCAAUGCUCACGGGAAGGUGAAAGCCAUGAUCUCCGAUUUCGGCCUGUGUAAGAAGUUAGCUGUUGGAAGGAACAGUUUUAGCCGGCGAUCUGGUAUUCCAGGGACAGAAGGCUGGAUCGCACCAGAGAUACUGAGCGAAGAUUUCAAAGACAACCCUACCUACACAGUGGACCUCUUCUCAGCUGGCUGCGUGUUCUAUUACGUGGUGUCAGAAGGGAAGCACCCAUUUGGCAAGUCCCUGCAGCGGCAAGCCAACAUCCUCCUAGGUGCUUACAGCUUGGACUGUUUGAAUCUAGACAAACACGAAGAUGUAAUUGCUCAUCAACUCAUUGAGCAAAUGAUUAAUAAAGAUCCACCGAAACGCCCGUCAGCAGAGAGCGUCCUAAAACAUCCAUUUUUCUGGAAUCUGGAAAAGCAACUCCAGUUUUUUCAGGAUGUCAGUGACCGGAUAGAGAAAGAAGCUCUUGACGGCCCCAUAGUGAAACAGCUGGAGAAGGGAGGACGGCAGGUGGUAAAAAUGGAUUGGCGAGAACAGAUCACUGUGCCUCUUCAAACAGAUCUCAGAAAAUUCCGCAGUUACAAAGGAAGAUCCGUCCGAGAUCUGCUCCGAGCUUUAAGAAACAAGAAACAUCACUACAGAGAACUGCCCGCGGAGGUGCAAGAGACUUUGGGGUCUGUCCCCGAUGAAUUUGUGCGCUACUUUACCUCCCGUUUCCCCAGCCUCCUGCUCCACACCUACCUGGCGAUGAAGAUGUGCAGUGAAGAGAGACUAUUUCGAACUUAUUAUCACCCCAGCCCCCCAGAAGAUUUGACCAGCACUACGUGUCCAGAUGUAGCGUGAAAGACCAUGAAUGCGAUUUUCUAAUAAUUGGGGAUCUGGCUGGCGUAGGCUUAAGCCUAGGGACCUCACAAAGUGCCUUUUCAGUUGCUGAAAUGGAGACAAUGAUGAAGACCUGAACUUUGAAGCACAGGUGGAGGAUAAGUGACUUGGUAUUAAGGUUUAUUGCACUAUAGCUUUCUUCCUGUCCGGUGCGCUUUGGAAGAAUUGUAGGUUUGCUGUAAAACAGAUUGUGUCCACAGUCGCCAUUUUUCAUGGUGGCUGCAGCGGGAUACGACUGGUCCGUGUCCCCAGCAGGAAAAAGAUACUGUGACCUUUAAUCAAAGGCCUUAUCAAUUGAUGUAAUAUUUAAUUUUUUUUAUAAGAGUAAUUGUUAUUGUCUGGAACGGUUUUAUCUAGAAAUGUAAGGUUAUAUCUUGCAUAUCAUCAUGAAAGUUUUGUUACACAAACUGUUCUAUUUUGUUUUCUCCAUUUUGGCACUGAGCAGUAUUCCUAUUUCACUGUAUUAGUUACAGUCCAAGGACAAUCUGGACAAAAUUCAGAUUUUUUAAAAUACAUUUUCUAGUUUUCCCAAGAACACUCUUCACCCUGAGCUGGUUUGGAAAAGGACCUAAUGAGUAUUCAUUACAGAGUAGCUUAGCGUACGUUCCCGUCAUAAAUGAAGUAUUGGGUUCUAGAAGACCAGAAAUAACUAGUCAAAGUAUUUAAAGACUGGAAAUAUGUAUAGUUUUUUAAUGAAAUAUGAUAAAUAGACUACAGUACAGGGACCAUUGUAUGCCUGUCGGGAAUUUUAUGUUCUUUUUAAGAAAAGGGAAAAAAAAGUUAAACAUUUUUUUUUUUUAAUAGAAUUUUUUUUACUUGUACUGGAAUGGGAUAAUCCAGCUGUACCUUAUUUAGGAUUCAUCUGUAUUUUUUAUAAUGGUUGGGGCUCUAUUUAUACUUAUUUCAUUUUAACCACCUGCUUUAAAACCUCACAUCAUUGUCUGAUGUUGCUGAUUUGUGGGUACGGCUAUGUUUUGAGGGUACAACUGGUUUGUGGGUAUUGCUUUAUGGGUUGUAUAGAUAUUGCUGAAGAUCCUGGUGAAGUUUGUUCCCAUUACAUUCUCUCCGCUUUUGGAAAAUGUGCAACAUUUUCCAAACCAGCCCAAGUGAUGGGUAUUGUUGAAAUUUUAAUGUCAAAGGUUUAUGAACUUGACCCAGUGUAAGAAAAUGAACACAAAAUUGUGAAUCCCAAUUUACUAUAAGUCUAAUGAGGUAGACAAAUCUUAAAUAAAUUUAAACUUUUUCAAAACUU